CCAUUGGCCACUUUAAUAAUCUUCCUAAUGCUUAAGGACAGAGUGCUCUGUGAUAGUUAACAGUGUAAACAUGCAACAGUUUAUAUAGAGAGUGUUUAAUAUUGAUGGUGCUGCAGUACGACCGAAUAGAAACAGGAAGAAGUGAAAUAAAGUCGGCUGCUUUUAAUUAAAUGACUAAUGUAAUACUUGAUAUCCUACUUUAUUGCUACAGUCUCUGCUUCUUUAACGUUGAGCGACAUAGCGCGUGAAAUACAAACAGGGACAUGUUUGAGCCUUCUCCGGCACCGUAGAUAACCCGGAAAUACCUAUCGCCUCCUCUCACAUUUCCCUGCUGGUCCUCGUCUUUAGAAACCUUCUGAAUCUGAGAGUUAGAGACUGAGAAAUUAUUUACCACCAUGUUUCUCACCCUCACCCUGCUGCGGAAAGGCAUCUCUGGGAAGCAGUGGAUCGGAAAGUAUCGGCGUCCACGACAAAUUACCUGGCAGAUGAAACGCAAUACGCUGAUCCAUCUGGAGCGCGAGGCCGAGAACGAAUACUGGAUCAGUCGUCCGUACAUGACUACGGAGCAGGAGUACCGCCACGCCGCAGAGCGCAGAGCCCAGAACUGGCUAAAGAUCAAGGAGGCCAAAUAUGCCAAAUUCCCUGAACACAAACACAUCACAGAUCACCUGAGUCAUCUCAAAAUCACCAAGACUUGGUGAAGUUAAUAUGAGCAGAGAAAUGAUGUGCAAAGACUGUCUUUAUAAUGUAACAACGUAAGAUGACGUGUGCAAGAAAGCUCUGGUUCGUUAUGUGUAGUAAUGUACAGCGAGACUUUGUAUGUUGAGACCAUGAAAGGUACACAGUAGACUGUUUUAACAAAUCUGUGAGCUGUUUGUGUUUCUGUAUCACAGACUGAAUCCACACUGCAACAGGACUGAAACUUCUCCACAUUCAGGGCUGCUCAUUUGGAUAAAAAUGUUCUAUCUGUGGGUCCUUUUUUUAGCACUCAUUAACAAAAUAUACUUUCAAGUUGAGAAAAACAGGGUUCCCACUGGUUAUAAAUUCUUUAUAAUUAUAUGAUCUGCUGGAGUUUAAUCCAUGAGGAAAAUGUUUGAGGAAUUAUUUAAACUGUUUGGGGAGGUUGGGGCAAAAUUAUGUAAUUUUACGAAGGGUUAAUUUCACUAUAAAAUAAUUGAAUGCAUUCUACUGUUCUACAUUUCAUGUGUUAAAGGGUUGUGACUGUCAUUGAGCCCAAUUGUCGCUGGAAUUAAACAUUUAAUCCCUUUGAAGUUACAAAACA